UUUCCUAACAAAUGUUGUUCUCUGCUACGCCUUUUGCUUUCCACUUUCCUCCUUAUUUCUAUGCAACUCAACUCCGUUUACAUUUAGAUUAGCCUUUUGUUUUCCAAGCUUUUCAGCAUUAAGUCAGGUAUAUAUUUUCCUGGUUUCUGUUCGCCUCAAUUUACAGAAAAGCCCCAUCUUAGCCUGUCAAGCAUUUCCAAUUCCGAGCCGCUUUUAUCAGCAUUCUUCUUUGUUUCAGUUUGUAUCUAAUCAUAAUGGAAGCCCCUUUUGAUAACUUAAUAAUUGGCCCAACUGCCCCUGCUGAAUCCUCCUCCAGAAUGACACAACUGUCCUAUGAUGUCUUUAUAAAUCAUCAUGGAGGGGAUGUAAAAGACACGGUUGCUAGCAGUAUCUAUAAUAAAUUAUAUCUCACUGGACUGAGAGUGUUUUUGGACAAGUAUGAGCUCAAGUUUGGGAUUUUUUUCCCAGCAGCUUUAAAAGAAGCAAUGCGUACUUCUUCAGUUCACAUAGCCAUUUUCUCUGAGAACUAUGCACAAUCCCCUUGGUGUUUGGCUGAGCUGGCAUUUAUACUGCAACUACCCGACAUCAUAUUCAUCCCCAUUUUCUAUCAUGUUGAGCCCUCUGACUUAAGAUGGACGAGUGGAAAAGGGAUUUAUGCAGAAGCCUUCAAAAACUAUGAAAUCAAGAACAGGUACACCUCAGAACAGCUUGAAAGCUGGAAGUGGGCACUCCAUAGAGCUUCCUUUUUCAAAGGUCAGAUCAUUACAAAGCAAGGCGACGAGGAGGCGGCGGUGAUGGAAGUGGUGAAUCGUUUAUUAACAGAAUUGAAGAAGAUGCGAAUAGAUGUUGCCAAGCAUCCCGUGGGUUUGGAUGAAGCGGAACAAGACUUUAACAACAAGAUAAUUGCACUUCAAUCUGCUGCUGGGCCAAUGCCAAUUCAAAUGGUGGGCAUCUGGGGGAUGGGUGGUGCCGGCAAAACCACCCUUGCUAAGCAUCUCUUUAACAAGAAAUGCCUGUCCAUCGGUCGCUCAAGUUUUCUUUCCGAUGUUCGUGAAGCUGCAAAGAACAACCGAUUGCUUAAGAAACAAAAAAAGCUUUUGAAGGACCUUGGCUUCAAAGAUGAUUUGGACAAUGUAGACGAAGGCAAACAGAUUCUAAGAAGCCGUUUGGGAUCUGUUCCCGUGUUUAUCGUUUUAGAUGACGUGGAUCACACAGACCAACUAGAUGCUCUGCUGCCACCAAGGGAGAGCCUUGGCCAGGGCAGUCUGAUUAUUGUUACCACACGCGAGUUGCGUGUUCUUAAAGCCUGGGGUAUCUCUGCUGUAUAUAAAAUCAGAGCUCUGAAUGCCACUCACGCCCAGCAGCUUUUCUGUUGGUAUGCAUUCGGACAACCCUCUCCAUUGUUGGGAUUUGAGGAUCUUUCUGAAAUGUUCAUAGAUGCUUGCCAUGGUCUUCCCUUGUCACUCAAGGUCUUAGGGGGUCUGCUCUGUGGGGAGUCUGACAAGAACUAUUGGCAGUCUCAAUUCGACAAAUUGUCCAGAAUAGUGCCAGAAGAUAUCAAAUCGACGCUCAGAAUAAGCUAUGAUACUCUGGAUGAUGAAGAGAAAGAGAUGUUUCUGGAUGUAGCAUGUUUCUUCAUUGGAUGGGGAAGCAGUAGGGCCAUUGCAGUAUGGGACGGAUCAGAGUGGAAUGGGCUGCACGGUUGGCAAAGGCUCGUGAAUAAAUGUCUUGUUGAGCUAGACGAGGAGAAUCUCAUCAGAAUGCAUGAUCAUUUGAGAGAUUUGGGGAGGGAGAUUGCCAAUAAACGAUCACCCUAUCGUCUUUGGUCUAAAAGCCAGAUUAUCGAGAUUCAGCCUCAACAGGAAGCAGUACGAGUCCGAGGAAUGGCCUAUGCAUUUGGUGAGAAUUGCAAUUACCACCUCGGGCAAGGAAAGGUCAUAAUAAAAACAAACCAAGGAGAGCGUAGCCUUCAGCCCGGCUCGCUUGGAUUAAAGAUUUUUAUUGGUGAGGGAGAUUUUAUUAAUGAGAAAUAUAGCAAAUUAGCAAAAGAACUCGUCUGCCUUGGCUGGAGUGGCUUUCAGCACAAAAGUCUUCCAUCCUGGCUUUCGUUGAAAAAUUUAAGAAUUUUAGCCCUAUCUUCUUCUACGAAAUUAGAAGGUUUGUGGAAGCGUGAUGCGGAUGUUCCUUCGGCUUUAAAAGAGUUAGUUAUUAAUGAUGCCGACAAUUUGAAGAAGAUCGAAAGUUUAAGAGGACUUAGAUCACUGGAGCAGCUGGAGAUACGCUAUUCUCCAAGAUUAGAUGGGCUUCCAAGUCUUGCAGAAUUAACUUCUUUGAAGAAGUUUGUAUUGUUUAGCUGCGGCGAACUGGAGAUGUUAGAAGGUUUAGAAAGCUUGAGAUCAUUGGAGACACUCGAGAUAGAUGGGUGUAAAUUAUUGAACACCCUUCCAAAUCUUGGAGAGUUAACUUUUCUGCAAAAAAUUGAAUUGAAUAAUUGCAAAAAAUUGAAGAGGAUAGAAAGUUUAAAAAGUCUUAGAUCACUAGAGGGGCUCGAGAUAUGUGACUGUCCAGAAUUAGAUGGGCUGCCAAGUCUUGGAGAAUUAACUUCUCUAAAGAAGUUUGAAUUGAUAGAGUGCCACAAAUUGGAGAAACUAAAAGGUUUAGAAAGCUUGAAAUCAUUGGAAACACUCAAGAUAAAUAAUUGUAAAGGGUUGAACACCCUUCCAAAUCUUACAGAGUUAACUUCUCUGAAAAAAAUUGAAUUGAGAUGCUACGAAAAAUUGAAGAAUAUAGAAAGUAUAAAAAGUCUCAGAUCAUUAGAGGAGUUGGAGAUAUGUUACUGUCCAGAAUUAGAUGGGCUGCCAAGUCUUGGAGAAUUAACUUCUCUAAAGAAGUUUGAAUUGACAAAGUGCCCCAAAUUGGAGAAACUAGAAGGUUUAGAAAGCUUGAAAUCAUUGGAGAGACUCCGGAUAGAUGGCUACACAGAAUUGAACACCCUUCCAAGUCUUGCAGAAUUAACUUCUCUAAAGGAGUUUGACUUGACAGGGUGCCACAAAUUGGAGAAGAUGGAAGGCUUUGGAAGGCUGAAAUCAUUGGAGACACUCCGGAUAGAUGGCUGCACAGAAUUGAAGACCCUUCCAAGUCUUGCAGAAUUAACUUCUCUAAAGCGGUUUGACUUGACAGGGUGCCACAAAUUGGAGAAGAUGGAAGGCUUUGGAAGGCUGAAAUCAUUGGAGACACUCCGGAUAGAUGGCUGCACAGAAUUGAAGACCCUUCCAAGUCUUGCAGAAUUAACUUCUCUAGAGCAGUUUGACUUGACAGGGUGCCACAAAUUGGAGAAGAUGGAAGGCUUUGGAAGGCUGAAAUCAUUGGGGAGACUCCAGAUAGGUGGCUGCACAGAAUUGAACACCCUUCCAAGUCUUGCAGAAUUAACUUCUCUAAAGCAGUUUGACUUGACAGGGUGCCACAAAUUGGAGAAGAUGGAAGGCUUUGGAAGGCUGAAAUCAUUGGAGAGACUCGGGAUAGGUGGCUGCACAGAAUUGAACACCCUUCCAAGUCUUGCAGAAUUAACUUCUCUAAAGCGGUUUGACUUGACAGAGUGCCACAAAUUGGAGAAGAUGGAAGGCUUUGGAAGGCUGAAAUCAUUGGAGAGACUCGGGAUAGGUGGCUGCACAGAAUUGAACACCCUUCCAAGUCUUGCAGAAUUAACUUCUCUAAAGCGGUUUGACUUGACAGAGUGCCACAAAUUGGAGAAGAUGGAAGGCUUUGGAAGGCUGAAAUCAUUGGAGAGACUCGGGAUAGGUGGCUGCACAGAAUUGAACACCCUUCCAAGUCUUGCAGAAUUAACUUCUCUAAAGCAGUUUGACUUGACAGGGUGCCACAAAUUGGAGAAGAUGGAAGGCUUUGGAAGGCUGAAAUCAUUGGAGAGACUCCGGAUAGGUGGCUGCACAGAAUUGAACACCCUUCCAAGUCUUGCAGAAUUAACUUCUCUAGAGCAGUUUGACUUGACAGGGUGCCACAAAUUGGAGAAGAUGGAAGGCUUUGGAAGGCUGAAAUCAUUGGGGAGACUCCGGAUAGGUGGCUGCACAGAAUUGAACACCCUUCCAAGUCUUGCAGAAUUAACUUCUCUAGAGCAGUUUGACUUGACAGGGUGCCACAAAUUGGAGAAGAUGGAAGGCUUUGGAAGGCUGAAAUCAUUGGGGAGACUCCGGAUAGGUGGCUGCACAGAAUUGAACACCCUUCCAAGUCUUGCAAAAUUAACUUCUCUAACGCUGUUUGUAUUGACAGGGUGCCACAAAUUGGAGAAGAUGGAAGGCUUUGGAAGGCUGAAAUCAUUGGAGACACUCCGGAUAGAUGGCUGCACAGAAUUGAACACCCUUCCAGGUCUUGCAGAAUUAACUUCUCUAACGGAGUUUGUAUUGACAGGGUGCCACAAAUUGGAGAAGAUGGAAGGCUUUGGAAGGCUGAAAUCAUUGGAGACACUCCGGAUAGAUCGCUGCACAGAAUUGAACACCCUUCCAAGUCUUGCAGAAUUAACUUCUCUAAAGGAGUUUGUAUUGACAGGGUGCCACAAAUUGGAGAAGAUGGAAGGCUUUGGAAGGCUGAAAUCAUUGGAGACACUUCAGAUAGAUGGCUGUACAGAAUUGAACACCCUUCCAAGUCUUGCAGAAUUAACUUCUCUAUACAAGUUUGAAUUGAUAGGGUGCCACAAAUUGGAGAAGAUAGAAGGCUUAGAAAGUCUGAAAUCAUUGGAGACACUCCAGAUAGAUGACUGUCCAAUUGUAAAAUUAACUUUCCUUGAAGAUAUUAAAUUGGAUGAGCUGGAAGUACACGCCUGCUUGAAGGCGCCGUUGAGAGUCAACUUGGAGCAGCGUGAGGGAUUGAAGUCGCUGGUAGUCGCAGCGAACGACAUAGCAGUUGUUGAACCAUUCAUCAGUAAAAGACAGACACCGCCAAGAGCAUUGAUAAAAUGCACAAGGUCAGUGAUUGACGUGGGCUCGCUGAAAAACUUCUUUACCUCUUUUCCUCUGAAAAACGUAGUCGAAUCUGGAUCAUUCGGAGGCUUAAAAUUCAGCAGGCCGGAGACUUCCGAAAAUGCCAAUGCCAUUCUGAUAUGUUUUAUUAUAGAUGAUGUUUGUCCCACCUUAAACUUCCAUAUAGUUACAAACGGAGGCACUCGUUCUCACACCGAAUUGACUAGUGGAAAAUGGGUAUGGAUGGGCGUGUUCCGGGAAGGUUCAGAUUGGCUUCCGUCAAAACGAUACGAAAUUCGGGCAUCGAGCGAGGAGAAAGAUGUGAAAAUAAAAGAGGGGUGGGUAGUGAUGGGCGAAGAGGGGAGCAUAGUAAGGGCUUUCCAUCGUCUUUCCCAAAGCUAAUCUUGGAUGCCAACUCAAAUACUUUGAGGUGGAAGUAGUUUCAUUCUUCUAUUCAGUUCAGCAUGUGUGCAUCCUUCCUCCCUCAGGAUCCAAAAGACAAUCUCAAAAUCAGACGAUAUAUGGCCAGUCAAAGUUUAUUUGAAAAAAAAGGGUUGAGCAGGUGCAAAUGUUGAUAUCAGCAUGACAUUGCAAGUUCAAGUUUCAUUGACAUUGCAUGCACAGUUGGCAUGUUGAUGUGGGGUAGAUUUAUUUCGUUUAGUACUGUUGGUGGCAAAUCCUUUAAAAAGUGAUCGAGCGUUUUGAAUCCCCAACCUCUCAAUUUGUUUUUAUUUAAAUUUUGAGAUGAGCCGUGAAAGGAGGAGCUCGGGAUCCCUCGCAGUAUAUCAUCUAAAACUUAAUUUAGCCAACCCGAUUUGUUUUAAAAGAUAGGGAGCUCGAAUUAAGGAUAGCCUAGGGAAAUAUAAAGCCCAUUUGAAAAAAAAGGAUUUUAAUUAGACUAAGGGCAUAGUUUAGGGGAUUUGAAAAUAUUAUUGUUUUACCCUUUAGUUAGAAUAUGAAAGUGUAUAUAAGGGACAGUUUUUGGCUUGUAAAAACAAUUAAUUUCAUUUGAGAGGAAUUAGAAUUCUCUAGAGUUGGAGAGUAAGAAUCUUGAAGAUUUUUGUA